CAGCGGAACUCUCCCGGUCCUUCUGCCCCAGCAGCCGCACCAGGGACCCGGUCAUCCAUCGGGAGCCCUGCUCUUUCCGAACCGCCACCUUUCCGUGUUUGUUUACGUGUCCGCUUUGCUAUUUGUGUUGAAGCCUCAACACAAUUAUGCUCAGAAUGUUCAUGAGCUUGAAGUUGGUAAGCUUAAAUGUCUUGUUAAGACAUUUAAGAACCAGCUUUAGGAGGAGAUAUCAAAUCCUUGAGGAAAAGAUAAUUCUAGAGUUGUGGACUGUUUGAAAUGGAUGAGAAGUGAUGAAACACCUGGAGUCCUUCAGCUGUCUAAGGAGAUGACAUGUUGUGGAACCGGCACUUGGCGUGAUCACUGAAGUGAGAGCUCUUGAAACUGAAUAAGACUCUUCACAAAGCAGAAGUGGGUUUUCUGGUAAUUCCUUCAAUCUCAAGAUGACGACAGAAUCCAAGAAAGCCGCAGUUAAGCCUGUUCUGGAGGAUGAAAGACUUCUGAUAGUGAAGCUAGAAGAGGAAGAUUUUGUCUGGGGACAGGACACUUGCUCACCAAGAAGGGACUCUGUCAAGCAGGAGCUCUGCCGGCAACUUUUCAGGCAGUUCUGCUACCAGGAUGCCGCUGGGCCCCACGAGGUGCUGGGCCGGCUCCGGGAGCUCUGCCAUCAGUGGUUGGAGCCAGAAACCCACAGCAAGGAGCAGAUGCUGGAGCUCCUGGUGCUGGAGCAGUUCCUGAGCAUCCUGCCCGGGGAGCUCCAGGCCUGGGUGCGUGAACGUCACCCAGAGAGUGGUGAGGAGGCAGUGACCAUAGUGGAAGAUGUGAAGAAUGGCACUGAUGCAUCCGUGCUCCAGGUUCCAGUCCCUGGACGUGGACAAGAAAUGUUCAGGAGGAAGGUGGCACCUCCUGGACCAGCACUUAGUGACCAGUUCCAGCCAGUGGACACCACGGCCCAUCAUGUUUCCUCCGAAACCAGUCUCCCACUGGACAAUGAUAAUGAGAGUGAAAACAAUGGGGCUAUACCAAAUCUGGACCUUCAUGAAGAAAUGGAAUCACAGAGAAUUACGUCAGGAAGAAUUUCAGGAUUUGUAUCAGAAGGAUCUGCUGAGCCUCAGGACAUCUGUAAGUCUGCAGGAAGGAUAAAGAGGCAACAGGGAAAUGAACCUGGGGAGUGUCGGAGACCAUCAUCUGCUCAGGAUGGAGGUUGUAGCAAAAUCCUCACCCAUAAAAAUACUCUUACAGGUGAAAUAAUAAGCCAUGGUGGAUAUGAGAGAAGCUUAAACCUGAACUCAAAUACAGUUACACACCCAAAACCUUGUAAACAUGCUGCCUUUGAACAAAGUCUCAAAUGGAAUUUAGGUUUUAUUAAGCAUCAAAUAAUUUAUGCUGGAGAAAAAAUUCACCAAUAUGGAAAAUCUCUCAAGAGCCCAAACCUUAUUAAACAGGCAGCAAUUUUCAGUGGAGAGAAAACUCAUCAUUGCAACGAAUGUGGGAAAGCUUUCAGACACAGCUCCAAGCUUCUCAGACAUCAGAGAAUCCACAGUGGAGAGAGACCGUAUGAGUGUAAUGAGUGUGGGAAAGGCUUUGGGGGGAGCUCAGAUCUUACCAGACACCAGAGAGUCCACACUGGCGAAAGACCCUUUGAAUGCACAGAAUGUGGACGAGCAUUCAGCCUGAACUCACAUCUUAUCCUGCAUCAGAGAAUUCACACCAGAGAGAAACCCUAUGAAUGCAGCGAAUGUGGGAAAAACUUCAGAGUGAGCUCACACCUUAUUCGACACUUGAGAAUCCACACUGGAGAGAAACCCUAUGAAUGCAGCGAGUGUGGGAGAGCUUUCAGUCAGAGCUCACACCUUAGUCAACAUCAGAGAAUUCACACGAGGGAAGACCUAUUAAUGGAAGGGACUUAAAUUCGUAUGAAAUGCUAAGAAAAUAGUAAAACAUGAAAAACAUGGAGUACACAAUAAAUGUUGGGUGAGAUGAAUGA